UCCCGGGGUCCCCCCGGUGUCGCCCCCCGUGUCCCCCCCAUGGAGAACUUCCAGAAGGUGGAGAAGAUCGGGGAGGGCACCUACGGCGUGGUCUACAAGGCCCGCAACAAGGUCACCGGGGAGGUGGUGGCGCUCAAGAAGAUCCGCCUGGACACGGAGACCGAGGGUGUCCCCAGCACGGCCAUCAGGGAGAUCUCCCUGCUCAAGGAGCUCAACCACCCCAACAUCGUCAAGCUCCUGGAUGUCAUCCACACGGAGAACAAGCUGUACCUGGUGUUUGAGUUCCUGCACCAGGACCUCAAGAAGUUCAUGGACUCCUCGUCCCUCAGCGGGAUCGCGCUGCCCCUCAUCAAGAGUUACCUGUUCCAGCUGCUGCAGGGGCUGGCGUUCUGCCACGCUCACCGGGUUCUUCACCGCGACCUCAAACCCCAAAAUCUGCUCAUCAACGCCGAGGGCUCCAUCAAAUUGGCCGAUUUCGGGCUGGCCCGCGCCUUCGGGGUGCCCGUCAGGACCUACACCCACGAGGUGGUGACACUGUGGUACCGCGCCCCCGAGAUCCUGCUGGGAUGCAAAUAUUACAGCACAGCUGUGGACAUCUGGAGCCUGGGCUGCAUCUUCGCCGAGAUGCUGACUCGCCGUGCCCUUUUCCCCGGUGACUCCGAGAUCGAUCAGCUGUUCCGCAUUUUCCGCACUCUGGGCACUCCGGACGAGGCCGCCUGGCCGGGGGUGUCGGCGCUGCCGGAUUACAAAGCCACCUUCCCCCGCUGGGCGCGCCAGGACCUGGCCAAGGUUCUGCCACCGCUGGACGACGAGGGCCGCAAGCUCCUGGCGCAAAUGCUGCACUACGACCCCAACAAGAGAAUUUCGGCCAAGGCCGCCCUGGGCCACCCCUUCUUCCGCGAUGUCACCAGAGCUGUCCCCCACCUGCGCCUCUGACCCCAAAAACGGCCCCAAAACCCCCAAAACUGCCCUGAAACCCCCAAAAACGGCCCCAAAUCCCCCAAAAAUGGCCCCAAAACCCCCAAAAUGGCCCCAAAUCCCCAAAAAUGACCCCAAAAUGGCCCCAAAACC